AUGAGUGGGAGCGAAGGGAGCUCGGGGCACUCGGCCGGCGGCGAGACGGGAGCGCCGGCUGCGGAGAAGAAGAAGGAGAAGGCGAGAGUGAGUCGGACGUCGCUGAUACUGUGGCACGCGCAUCAGAAUGACGUUGCGGCGGUGCGGAAGCUUCUGGAGGAAGAUCCGUCGCUGGUGCACGCCGGAGAUUAUGAUAAUCGGACUCCGCUUCAUGUGGCGAGUAUUCACGGAUGGAUCGAUGUUGCCAAGUGCUUGAUUGACUUCGGGGCUGAUGUCAACGCCCAAGAUCGCUGGAAAAACACGCCUCUAGCUGAUGCAGAAGGAGCUAAAAAACAUAGCAUGAUUGAGUUGCUAAAGUCGUAUGGUGGCCUGUCUUACGGCCAGAAUGGCAGUCAUUUUGAACCAAGGCCUGUUGCACCCCCAUUAUCAAAAAAAUGUGACUGGGAGAUUGACCCUUUGGAACUUGACUUCUCGAACUCGGUCAUCAUAGGGAAGGGGUCCUUUGGUGAGAUUGUAAAGGCAGGUUGGCGUGGAACACCUGUGGCUGUCAAACGCAUUCUUCCAAAUCUUUCAGAUGAUAGAUUGGUGAUUCAGGACUUCAGGCACGAGGUGAAUUUGCUAGUGAAGCUUCGCCACCCUAACAUAGUGCAGUUUCUUGGAGCUGUUACUGAAAAGAGGCCCUUGAUGUUAAUUACUGAGUAUUUGCGUGGAGGGGAUCUUCAUCAGUACCUUAAGGAAAAGGGUGCACUUAAUCCAUCAACAGCAGUCAACUUUGCAUUAGACAUUGCCCGAGGCAUGGCUUAUCUUCACAAUGAGCCAAAUGUUGUAAUUCACAGGGACCUAAAGCCAAGGAAUGUUCUUCUAGUCAACUCCAGUGCAGACCAUCUAAAAGUAGGAGACUUUGGACUAAGCAAGCUUAUUAAGGUUCAGAAUUCCCAUGAUGUGUACAAAAUGACUGGCGAGACUGGAAGCUACCGGUAUAUGGCUCCUGAAGUUUUCAAGCACCGGAAAUAUGAUAAGAAGGUUGAUGUUUUCUCCUUUGCAAUGAUCCUCUAUGAGAUGCUUGAAGGUGACCCACCGCUGUCACACUAUGAACCUUAUGAAGCAGCCAAAUAUGUGGCAGAAGGACAUAGGCCUAUGUUCAGGGCAAAAAGUUACAUGCCUGAAUUGAGGGAGUUGACAGAGCAGUGUUGGGCAGCAGAUAUGAAUAAGAGACCUCCUUUCCUGGAAAUUCUCAAGAGGCUUGAAAAAAUUAAGGAAAUUGUACCUGCAGAUCAUCACUGGCACAUCUUUAAUUCUUGA